CUGAGCGCUGGGUUCUCGCGAGAGCCACUCGAAAAGAUGGCGGCGCGGUCGAGUCGUUGAGAGGAACGGCAAGUGGAGAGGAGUUUGAAGGCGGCUCGGCUGGGCUUGGGGCCCCUCAGCCUGCGGGGCGUCCCCGGGUGGGGGAAUGCGGACGGGACGGGACUGGCCAACGCGGCUCUGAGAGCGGCCCGAGUCCCCCGCUGCGACGCCGCGUCUCCCCGUCGGGGCCCCCCAGCGCCCGGGGCCGCCGCUGGCGAUGACCGGAGAGAAGCUGCGCUCGCUGCGCAGGGACCAUAAGCCCAGCAAGGAGGACGGGGACCUGCUGGCUCCCGGCGAGGAGGAGGCGGCGGCCACGCCCGGCGGAGGCUCCUUCACGGCGGGCCGGGCAGGGAGCGGCAAGAGCGGCCGCGCCGGCAGCCACCGCAUCUUCACCAACCACCAUCACCACCGGCUUCCGCUCAAGGGAGGGCCCGGCGGGUCGUCCUCCAACGCCGGCGGCCUCGAGCUUGACAAGUGCCCCGCGGCGCAGUUCCCCGUGCACGAGUGUGUCUUCAAGGGGGACGUGAGGCGGCUGUCGGCGCUGAUCCGCACGCAGGGCAUCGGCCAGAAGGACAGUCACGGAAACACUCCUUUGCAUCUUGCUGUGAUGUUGGGACAUAAAGAAUGUGCCCACUUGCUCUUGGCCCACAAUGCUCCUGUGAAAGUGAAAAAUGCUCAGGGAUGGAGUCCUCUUGCAGAAGCCAUCAGCUAUGGAGAUAGACAAAUGAUUACAGCACUCCUAAGGAAACUGAAACAACAGUCUAGGGAAAGUGUUGAAGACAAGCGACCUCGGUUAUUAAGAGCCCUGAAAGAGCUAGGGGACUUCUAUCUUGAACUUCACUGGGAUUUUCAAAGUUGGGUGCCUUUACUUUCCCGAAUUCUGCCUUCUGAUGCAUGUAAAAUAUACAAACAAGGUAUAAAUAUCAGGCUUGACACAACACUCAUAGACUUUACUGACAUGAAGUGCCAACGAGGGGACUUGAGCUUCAUUUUCAAUGGUGAUGCUGCACCCUCUGAAUCCUUUGUAGUUUUAGACAAUGAACAAAAGGUUUACCAACGAAUACAUCACGAGGAGUCUGAGAUGGAAACAGAGGAAGAAGUUGACAUUUUGAUGAGCAGUGAUAUUUAUUCAGCAACAUUAUCAACCAAAUCAAUUACAUUCACGCGUGCCCAAACGGGAUGGCUCUUCCGAGAAGAUAAAACAGAAAGGGUAGGAAACUUUUUGGCGGACUUCUACCUGGUUAAUGGGCUUGUGUUAGAAUCAAGGAAAAGACGAGAACAUCUCAGUGAGGAAGAUAUUCUUCGAAACAAGGCUAUCAUGGAAAGCUUGAGUAAAGGUGGAAAUUUAAUGGAACAAAACUUUGAGCCUGUCAGAAGGCAGUCUCUUACUCCACCUCCUCCCAACACCAUCACGUGGGAGGAGUACAUAUCUGCUGAAAAUGGAAAAGCACCUCAUUUGGGCAGGGAAUUGGCAUGCAAAGAAAACAAGAAAACAUUUAAAGCUACAAUAGCCAUGAGCCAAGAAUUUCCUUUAGGAAUCGAAUUGUUAUUGAAUGUUUUAGAAGUAAUUGCACCCUUCAAGCACUUUAACAAACUGCGGGAAUUUGUGCAGAUGAAGCUUCCACCAGGCUUUCCUGUAAAGUUAGACAUACCUGUGUUUCCAACCAUCACAGCAACUGUGACUUUUCAGGAAUUUCGGUAUGAUGAGUUUGAUGAAUCAAUCUUCACAAUUCCUGAUGACUACAAGGAGGACCCUAGCCGCUUUCCUGAUCUCUAAUUUAACUGGAAAGUUACCAGUGAAUAAAGAAUAUCGGCAUGCCACAGUGAGAGAGAGUGUGAGAGUGCAAGUGUAUGGAUGCAAAUAGCCCACGGACAUGUGUCUGAUAGUGGGUGAAAUUGGAAGGGAUAAAACUUGCUUAAAUGAUUUCAGAAAGGGAACACAGUGAAUAUCAGUCAGUUGUACCAUAUAGUGAGCAUCCAUCUAAUGUCGAAAUGACAGCAGGUCUCUUGAUGUGUCACUUACAUUUUUAUACAUCCAGUUCUGCAAGCAUGUUAGCCUGACACCUCAGUGACCCCUCCCCUCUUCCACCAAUACUUAACUAUAAGGACUGUAACUUUAAAAAAAAAAAUUCUUAUGUUUCUUGGUAAUUAAAAAAAAGCACUUUUGGACCAUUAGCAUACAAAACUAAAAUGUCUUACCUGGAUAUUACCUUUAAAAUGUCAAUUUCACUCAAGAUGCCCUUAUAACUUCAAGCUUUGUUUUCAUAAAUUGUAAACUAUGUAAUAUUAGUUCAGUAAACGAACAUCAGUUGAGCAUAUAGUAGAAUGAAUUUUCUGUAGAUGGAUGAACCAAAUGGUAAUCAUUUAAACAGUUGCAUUUACUUAUUGCAAUACAUUUCAGAACUAGAGCAUUCACUCUGCAGGGAAUAAGGUACCUCCUUUAGCACCUUAGUGCAAUUCAUUGUGGUGCUAUUCAUAAUUUUUCCAAACUGUUAAUUUCUCCACUAAAAGCUGUUUACUAAUAUUCUCAUGAAAUCUGCAAUGUUGCUUUUUUUCCAAGCUGGUUGGAAAUGUCCUUGAUGUGUGUGAUGUUGGAAAGCAUACUUAGAGAAUCUUCAUUUGUCCAGAAGGUGAACUGAUGACAUUAUUUUGGAUAUAUCUGAGCCAUGAAAGCUGCCCAUCAAACACACUAACCUUAUAUUGAUGUCUAGCAGCAUUCGGGAAUAUACUGAAUAGAUGGUUACUAACUGCAAUCGCAGUAAAGUCCUCCCACCCCCUGUGAAAACCUAGGAGAAGUGAUAAGGCUUACAAUGGAUAAAGGAAGGGGGGGGGGAAACAGUACAAGAAUAUUUAGGGUGUUUCCAGCAUGGGUAGCUACAAAAAGAAUGUGUUUUUUCUUCAGAUGGCUCUUAAAAAACAUAAGGAUCUUCAUAUGGUUCCAGUGUAUGGAACUUGAAGAUAACCUAGCUUUUUUGCUUUACUGGAAAGAAUGUGUCCAAAAAUGUCAGUACUAUGAUCAUUUGUAUUCAGAGGUUUAGCUUCCAGUGAUGUGUAAAUGUACAGAAAUGUAAAUAUUUUCAAAAGUAUAUUCUUUGUGCAGUCUAGUCAAUCUACUUUUUUUCUGGAAACUGCUCAAGUCACUUUCAGACUUGAAGAAAACCACCAUGCUGGUUAGCACCCACUGCUGGAGAUAACUUGGAAUGUGAAAUGGGGUGAGUGAGUCAAAGCACGCAAUAAAACCAGACUCAUGAACCUCACACACUUUGUCAGGAACAAGUACCGAAAAAUAUUCCUAAGCUCUGUAACUUUGUAUUACAAUGAACAAGAGGCAACUACAGAGAACUGUAUCUUCAUGACGUAAAAUGGGGAAAACGUUGGGCCAAUUCCAGAAUAAUGCUUAACUUGUUCAACUCCAACCUUUAAGCAAUAUUGACAGUGAAGAUGUGUGAGAGUGUGUGGUGAGAGAGAACAGGAGAACACAGCCUCUGCUGGUUUCUGUGUAUAGAUAUAGCUGCCAUAUGGUGGAAAGUACCAUUUCACUUCCAGUAUCCACUAUGAGUAAUGCAGCCUGCCCCUGUAAAUAGAUAAUUGAACAAAAUGGCUUUUACUUUUUAAAACCCUUUCAUACUCUGAUUCUUCUACCACUUAAUUUCUGAAAAUAAACCAUAUUUGAAGGUGCCCAAUGUUUUGUAUUCUCAAACCUGUAGGCAUCUCAUAGAACAAUACUGAGAUACUGUAGAAGAAUUGUAAACUGUUAGCAUGAAUGAGCAGUAUGGUUAGAUUAAAUGUUGGCUACAAGCUGUGGUAAUAUGUAAUUGGUCAUACCUAUAUAUUUCUAAAUCAUUGGGUAAAUGCCACAGUUGUCUUUCAUGGAGCUUUACAAAGGUAAAUCUGAGUACAAGGACUGUUAGAUUAACAUCUAGCAAAUGCCUAUGAUUUCAUAACAGUUGAAAGCAAUGGACCUAUUCAAUAAAAUCACAAUCAUGGCCUAGCAAGAUCUUCUGUCUGUGGAAAAAGAGUAUAGGUGUGAUAAGCUGCACCAUGUUUGAGGCCAUAAAUGAGCCCUAAGAAUAUCUAGUUCAUACCUCUAAAAAAGGAGUUAACAGAUUUUAUUAUUGGUUGUAGUAGACCUUCAAGAUACAAUUUAUAUUGGGUUGGUUUCCAACUAGUGUUUGCAGAAGUGGAAUGGCACUUUUGCUUGUGCAAGGGAGGGCAGGAUUUCUACCAGCUCUCCUUGAUGUUGGCAUAUCCCAUAUUAUUCCUAGAGGUCUUGACCCUCAGAAUCAGCUUUUUGGGGGGUUGCUGAGAGCUACAGAUGGAGGAAGGUAGGAAAUUCUCUUCCUCUGGUCCCAAGCCAUUGAAUCUCAUCUCAUUUUAAAAAUGGGAGCUGCAUAAAGGGAGUGUUUGGAUGUUCCAGUAGUAGAUUGCUCACUACAUCAAUUCCCAGUCCAGUCCAGAUGCAUGCACACCCAGAUCAUUUGCACAAAUAGUUCACUUGCAAUAGAUCACUUGCUUUUAGUUCAUGAAUUUUGGGAGUUGCUGCAAUGUCCUCGUGCAUGAGGUCUUUGAAAUGAAUGGGGAAACCAUCCUCAUUAAUGGGAGUUCCUUCCAUGCAUGCACUGAUACUCCCAUAUGCAGAACAAAUGGCUAGAUCAGGAAAACGUAUGAUUUGUAUGCUUGGUUAAUAAAGAGUAGGUGUGAAUGUACAACAUCUUAAACAGACAAAGCAGUUUAGCACUUACUUGUUAAGCAUCUAUUGUGGAACCUUUUAAGGUUGGAUACUCUCCCCCCACCCCUUCUCUGAUACACUUAAGUCACCUUAACUUCUGCCUGGCACUCAUGCAUGGUAUUAUUUUUUUCCUUUGAAUCCAUUCCCAUAAGAUGGAACGAGAGACUUCCCAUGUCUUUGAGGAAUUUUCAGUCAUUCUCAAAGAUUUUGGAUCUUGCCACUGGAAGGAUGCAUUGGGGGUUGAAAGCUCCAUGCUAAAAUGUUGCAUAACACAGUAUACCCUGUUUCCCCGAAAGUAAGACCUACCCCGAAAGUAAGACCUAGCAGUAAUUUCUGAUGUACCGCUAAUAUGCCCUAGUGCAUUUUGGGGGGCUAAAAUUAAUAUAAGACACUGUCUUAUUUUCGGGGAAACACGGUACAUACUCAAGAAACCAAGUUAUAGGUUGCAAAGCAGAAGUGCCUCUUGUGUGUUUCUAGGUCAUGGUUGGAAAUUAUUACACCUUUGGGAAGCAGAAAAUAGAGUAAAAGAAUCAAUCUAAAUAUUUAAACCUAUAUAAACUCUGGCAGUCUGAACUGAUGAUUUUACAGAAGGUGUCACAGUUUCCUGAAGUAUAAGUCCUCUUAUAGAAACACUUGCUAGGUUAUAAGCUUAAACAUGGAAUGUUUGCAAAAGAAUUCCCAAAACACUUCCUUAACCAAACUCAGUUUUACUGGUCUUCCAAAUCAUUGCUUUAAUUCAUGGCAAAGGGAAUAACAAUCUUUUGUUUCCAAGCAGUUGGUAUUUCAGUCACCUUAUUAAAUUUUUAAUUAUAUUUGAUGGAUAUCUAGCAGUUUCAGAUAGUAGAACUGUGGAUAUAAAGCUGUGCUGGAAACUCACCUUAAGUUGAAGCAUAAUAUAUUCAAAAAGUCAAUUUUUAAAUAUAUACUUGUUGAUUUGAUUAAGAAUUACAUUUAAACUUUAUUAACAGACUUCCUAUAAUGCUGCAGUUUUUCUUUGACAAUUUAUAAUUAUGGACUUAAUGUCAAAUUUUUGUAUAUUACUUUUCAUGUGUUUCAUGUCUAAUCUAAACUCACCUUCACUAAUAGUGUUUUUGGUUGUACCACUUAGAAUAAAGACCAAAAGAUGCUGUUUGUUUUUGAGUCUGAACCUAUGGACAUUUUCAGAUAAAGAUAUUCUACAAUGUAUGGGUACUUCAUAUCGGAGCAAGGCUAAGUACAAAAAAACCCAGGCUGUUACAGUAUAUGACUUCAAGGACAUUUUAUUGGUCGGUUUUUCAAUAAAAUCCUCAAUUUUCAGUGCA